UCUGCUUGACAAGGAGGAGCCAUCCAAACAGAGGAAGUGGGUGGAGCAUUCCAGGCCAAGGAAAUCGCCCAUGCGAAGGCCUUGAGGGUUGCAGCUGCUCUGAUGUGUCCAGAGGCUCGUGGUCUCUGGAACUGAAGACUGGACGCAGGGACCACAAACCGGCCAGCAGAAAGCAGAGUUUGUUUGGAAAGGAAAGAAAAGCACCUGCCGCAGCAGGUGGGGACUCGACACUCCGCACGGCAGCCUGGCACAAGGGCAGGAGGUCCAGGGGAAGGGGUAGAACGGCUGCCCACAGCAUCCCUUCCCCAAUGAGCCUGGGGCUGGAGGACUCGCAGGAGGCCCAGCUGGCCUUGGAGACCGGCAUCCAGAUCCUGGAGAGCAACGUCCUGGGGCCUGACCAGGAGAGAGACCUGAGUGGGCAGGACCCAAACCAGGACUCUCCACCUGCCCGGCUCUCUGCCUGCCUCCGUGAGCUAGUCCCCUGGAACCUCUCCCCACCACCAGAGAGCCUAGCCCCGCUGCCGGCCCCAGAGAUGGCGUCCCUGCUGCCCCUGCAGGAGGAGAACCGGCUGCUGCAGCUGGAGCUGUCCCGGGUGGAGGACCUGCUGGCCCAGAGCCGCGCCGAGCACGAUGAGCUGGCCAUCAAGUUCAACGCCGUCAGCGAGAGGCUGGAACAGGCAGUGCGGCUGGAGUCCGGGGAGCUGGAGACCCCGGAGCCCAGAGGGCUGGUCCGGCAGAGCGUGGAGCUGCGGCGGCAGCUGCAGGAGGAGCAAGCCUCCUACCGGCGCAAGCUGCAGGCCUAUCAGGAGGGCCAGCAGCGGCAGGCCCAGCUUGUACAGCGGCUGCAGGCCAAGAUCCUCCAGUACAAGAAGAGGUGUACGGAGCUGGAGCAGCAGCUCCUGGAGCGGGCCACGGAGCUGGAGCAGCAGCGGCUGAGGGACACCGAGCACAGCCAGGACCUGGAGAGCGCCCUCAUCAGGCUGGAGGAGGAGCAGCAGAGGAGCGCCAGCCUGGUCCAGGUGAACGCUUUGCUCCGGGAGCAACUGGACCAAGUAGGUAAGGCCAACCAGGCUCUGAGCAAGGACAUCCGCAAAGUGACCAGCGAUUGGACACGGAGCCGCCAGGAGCUGGAGCAGCGGGAGGCAGCGUGGCGGCGAGAGGAGGAGUCCUUCAACAGCUACUUCAGCAGCGAGCACAGCCGCCUGCUCCUCCUCUGGAGGCAGGUGGUGGGCGUCCGCCGGCUGGCCAGCGACGUCAAGAUGUCCACCGAGCGGGACCUGCGGCAGCUGGGAGGCGAACUUGCCCAGACAUCACGGGCCAUCCAAGACGCGGGCCUGGGCCUGAGCUCGAGCCUGCAGCUGGCUGAGAGCCGGGCCGAGGCGGCCUGGGAGAAGCAGGCCAUGCUGCAGGCCCAGCUGGAGGGACAGCUGCAGGACAGGGUGCUCCUCGAGAAGGACCUGGCUCAGCUGAAGGUGCAGAGCGACCUGGACAAGGCCAACCUCAGUGCCCGAGUGACCGAGCUGGCCCUGGCGGUGGAGUGUCUUCAGAACCAGAACCGGGAGAAGGACCAGGCCAACAAGGCCCUCAUUGUGAAGCUGGAGGCCCUGGAAUCCUUGCGGCUACAGGAACAGGCUGCUCUGGAGUCAGAGGACACAGCGGGACUGCAGCAGACCCUGAGGGACCUGGCGCAGGCCGCCCUGUCGGACACAGAGAGCGGUGUUCAGCUAAGCGGCUCUGAGCGCACGGCCGACACGUCAGAUGGCAGCCUGCGGGGUCUCUCGGGCCCACGGACCCCAUCCCCACAGCAGCGCUACUCGCCCGGCCGGGGCCCUUCCCCUCGCCGGGGCCCGUCCCCCGCCUGCUCCGACGCCUCCACACUCGCCCUGAUCCACUCAGCCCUGCACAAGCGCCAGCUGCAGGUCCAGGACAUGCGUGGGCGCUAUGAAGCCAGUCAAGACCUCCUGGGCACUUUGCGGAAGCAGCUCAGCGACAGCGAGGGUGAGCGCCGGGCCCUCGAGAGACAGCUGGAGCGUCUUCGGGACAAAGCUGAUGGGGUCACCCAGGCCCACGAGGAUGCCCAGCGUGAAGCCCAGCGUCUGCGGAGCGCCAACGACCUUCUGAGCAGGGAGAAGGACAGCCUGGCCCAGAGCCUGCAGGCGGCCGAGCAGCAGGCUGAGGAGCUGCAGCAGGAGCAGGAGAAGCUGCAGGCCGCCCAGGAGGAGCUGCGGCGCCAGCGAGACCGGCUGGAGGAAGAACAGGAGGACACGGUGCAGGAUGGGGCACGGACACGCAGGGAGCUUGAGCGCAGCCACCGGCAGCUGGAGCAGCUGGAAGGGAAGCGCUCGGGGCUGGCGAAGGCGCUGGUGGAGGUGAGGGAGGCGCUGAGUUGUGCCACCCUGCAGCGGGACGUGCUCCAGGCCGAGAAGGCCGAGGUGGCCGAGGCACUGACCAAGGCAGAGGCCAGCCGCGUGCAGCUGGAGCUCUCCCUGACGAAGCUGCGGGCGGAGGAGGCCUCCCUGCGGGACUCCUUGUCCAAGUUGAGCGCCCUCAACGAGACACUGGCUCAGGACAAGCUGGGGCUGAACCGCCUUGUUGCCCAGCUGGAGGAGGAGAAGGCAGCCCUGCUGGUGCGCCAGCGGCUGGCGGAGCAGGAGGCCGCCCUGGCGAGGGAGGAGCUGGAGCGGAUGGAACAGCUGCGCCUAGAGCAGGAGCUGGAGCGGGAGGGCCUGGAGGGCUCCCUGCGGGCGGCUGAGCAGGCCCGGGAGGCCCUGGACCAUCAGCUCCCCACGCUGCGCCAGGAUCGCAGCCGGCUGCAGGAGCAGCUGGCCCAGCUCUCCCGACAGCUGAGUGGGCGGGAGCAGGACCUGGAGCAGGCCCAGCGGGAGUGGCAGCGGCAGGUAGAGGCGCUGGAGCGGGCAGCCCGGGAGAAGGAGGCGCUGGCCAAGGAGCGGGCCAGCCUGGCAGUGCAGCUGGCGGCUGCCGAGCGAGAAGGUCGGACCCUGUCGGAAGAGGUGACCCGCCUGCGCCUGGAGAAGGAGGCCCUGGAAAGCAGCCUGUUCGAGGUGCAGCGGCAGCUUGCCCAGCUGGAGGCCCGCCGGGAGCAGCUGGAAGCUGACGGGCAGGCCCUGCUGCUCGCCAAGGAGGCCCUGACAGGGGAGCUGGCUGGGCUGCGGCAGCAGAUGGCCACUACGGAGGAGAAGGUGGCGUUGGACAAGCAGCUGAUGGCCCAGAAGCUGGCGCAGGCCGAGCGGGAUGCGCAGGCCUCUCUACGGGAGCAGCGGGCAGCCCACGAGGAGGACUUGCAGAGGCUUCAGCAGGAGAAGGAGGAGGCGUGGCGGGAGCUGGAGGCCGAGCGGGCACAGCUGCAGAGCCAGCUGCAGCGGGAGCGGGAGGAGCUGCUGGCCCGGCUGGAGGCCGAGAAAGAGGAGCUGAGUGAGGAGAUCGUGGCCCUGCAGCAGGAACGGGACGAGGGCCUCCUCCUGGCUGAGAGUGAGAAGCAGCAGGCCCUGUCCCUGAAGGAAUCCGAGAAGACAGUGCUGUCUGAGAAGCUGCUGGGCACGAGACACAGCCUGGCCGCCAUCUCCCUGGAGAUGGAGCGGCAGAAGCGAGAUGCUCAGAACCGGCAGGAGCAGGACCGGAGCACCGUGAAUGCCCUGACGUCGGAGCUGCAGGACCUACGGACCCAGCUUGAGGAGGCAGCUGUGGCCCACGGCCAGGAGGUGAAGAGGCUGCAGGAACAGGCCCGAGACCUGGGCAGGCAGAGGGAGUCCUGCCUACGUGAGGUGGAGGAGCUUCGGACCCAGCUGCGCUUGCUGGAGGAUGCCCGGGACAGUGUGCGGCGAGAGCUGCUGGAAGCCCAGCGCAAGGGGCGGGAGAGCCAGGAGGGCUGCGAGGCCCGGCGGCAGGAGGUCACCGAGCUGCAGCGCAGCCUGAGCGAAGGGGCCAAGGAGCUGGAGGUCCUGCGGCGCGCCAACGAGGAGCUGAGGGCAGCCGUGAAGAAGGCCGAGAGCGAGCGCAUCAGCCUGAAGCUCGCCAACGAGGACAAGGAGCAGAAGCUGGCAUUGCUGGAGGAGGCCCGGGCAGCCUUGGGCAAGGAGGCCGGGGAGCUGCGGGCUGGGCUGCAGGAGGUGGAGCGUGCCCGGCUGGAGGCUCGGAGGGAGCUGCAGGAGCUCCGGUGGCAGAUGAAGAUGCUGGACAGUGAGAAUGCCAGGCUGGGCCGGGAGCUGGCAGAGCUGCAGGGCCGCCUGGCGCUGGGUGAGCGGGCCGAGAAGGAAGGCCGGCGGGAAGCCCUGGGGCUCCGGCAGAGGCUGCUGAAAGGUGAAGCCAGCCUGGAGGUGGUGCGGCAAGAGCUGCAGGGGGCCCAGAGGAAGCUGCACGAUCAGGAGGGCGAGUUCCGGGCCCGGGAACGAGGCUUGUUAGGGUCCCUGGAGGAGGCGCACGGAGCCGAGAAGCAGCAGCUCAGCCAUGCCCGCAGCCUGGAGCUGAAGCUCGAGUCGGUGCGGGCCGAGGCCGCGGAGCUGGGGCUGCGGCUGAGCGCGGCCGAGGGCCGGGCGCAAGGCCUGGACACUGAGUUGACCCGCGUGGAGGCGCAGCGGCGAGCGGCCGAGGCCCAGCUGGGAGGCCUGCGCUCCGCCUUGCGCCGUGGCCUGGGCCUCGGCCGCUCGCCCAGCCCCGCCCCGCGGCCAUCACCCGGCUCCCCGGUCCGAGGAGCACCUGCCGGAGGAAGUGGGGAGGGGCUCAGCAGCCCCAGCUCCUUGGAACGCAGCCCUGGGUCCGAGCCUCCCUCCCCAGGGCCUGCCACCUCACCGGUACCUCCAGACCUGGACCCCGAGGCGGUGCGGACGGCCCUCCGGGAAUUCCUCCAGGAGCUGCGGAGUGCCCAGCGAGAGCGGGGUGAGCUUCGCACCCAGAUGAGUACCCAGAGUCGCCGGCUCGCUGAGGUGGAGGCCGAGAGGGACAGCAUGACCUCUUGGGCCAAGCAGCUGCAGAAGGCAGUGGCCGACAGUGAGGAAGGACGCCGCAGUGCGGAGGGGCGGCUGAGCGGGACCCAGGUGGAGCUGGCGCUCAGGGAGGAGAGCGUGCGGCGCAGCGAGCGGGAGCGCAGGGCUGCACAGGACCAGGUGGCUGCCCUGGAGAGGAGUCUGCAGGCUGCCGAGGCUGAGCACCGGGCUAGCCAGGUGGGGAAACCGAGGCCCCAGACGAUCACGGGCGGGCCCAAGCCCCGCAGGGCAAAGCCACUUGACCCCUUGUCCUCCUACCAGGUGGCCGACAGCGAGGCAAAGGCAGGGACCCUGCAGCUGACAGUGGAGCGGCUGAGCGGGGCCCUGGCCAAGGUGGAGGAGAGUGAGAGGGCCCUGCGGAGCAAGGUGCAGGGGCUGACGGAGACCCUGGCCCAGAGCAGUGCCAGCCUCACCAGUGCCCAGGACAAGAGCCUGCACCUGCAGAAGGCCCUGACGGCCUGUGAGCACGACCGCCAGGUGCUCCAGGAACGGCUGGAGGCCGCCCGGCAGGCGCUGUCCGAGGCCCGGAAGCAGAGUAGCAGCCUGGGUGAGCAGGUGCAGACAAUGCGGGCUGAGCAGGAGGACCUGGAGCUGCGGCGGGCAGAGGCUGAGGGCCAGCUGCAACAGCUGCAGGAGGUGCUACGGCAGCGGCAGGAGGGUGAGGCGGCGGCCCUGCGCAUGGUGCAGCAGCUCCAGGAGGAGCGGCGGCAGCUGCAGGAGCGGCAGGGCAACCUGAAGCACACCCUGGCCCAGGUGGAGGCCGAGAAGCGGGAGGCCGAGCGGUCGGCCCUGCGGCUGGAGAAGGACAGGGGGGCUCUCCGGAGGAUGCUGGACAAGGUGGAGAGGGAGAAGCUUCGCAGCCACGAGGACACAAUGCGGCUGAGCAUGGAGAAGGGCCGCCUGGACCACACGCUCACGGGGGCCGAGCAGGAGUUGGCAGAGGCCCAGAGGCAGCUCCAGCAGCUGAAGGCCCAGGUGGUGGUGAGGGAGCAGAGCCACAGCCCCGCCCAGCUGGAGGCAGACCAGGAGCAGCGGCUGGAGCUGCAGCAGGAGGUGGCGCGCCUGCGCAGUGCCCAGGUGCAGACGGAGCGCACCCUGGAGGCUCGGGAGUGGGCCCACCGCCAGAGGGUGCGAGGGCUGGAAGAGCAGGUGUCCACACUGAAGGGGCAGCUGAAACAGGAGCUUCAAAGGAACUCGGCACCCUUUUCGCCCCCCUGCGCUCCCAUGGGAAAAUGAGCCCUUUCCUGAUAGCCUGGAGGCGCGCAGCCCUGUGGGGGCAGAGGCAGGGCCUCCUUCCCAGAACAAGCCUGACCUCUGGGGAGGGGCUGGCACCCUGUGCACCCAUGGCGGGGGCCCAGCAGUGGCUGCCCGAAUCACUGGGGGCCUGGCCUGUAGACCCCACUUAGCACAGCGUCCCCUUCCUCCCGAGGGCCCAUUCAGAUCGUCCCAGGGUGGGCUGAGCCCAUGCCAGGGGCGGGGAGACCCUUGUCUGUAGCCAGCCCUGGAGCUCGGGCUUGUGGGAAAGAGGCAGCCGGGUAGCCAGGCCCGGCUUCCAGCUCUCGUCAGGAUGGUCCCCAGAGCACAGAGACCUGUAUUUUCAUACCUUUUUAUAGUGUUCGCUGUUCAGAAUUGUUUUUUUGUAACAAGACCACAUUUUCUACAA